CUGGCAUGUGAGGGUCACACUAAACUUGCAGAGCAGGUCAGCAGAUGAGUCCGUGCAAAGCAAUCCAGCAAGCAGCGACCAGUUUUCAGGAUGCCGUGUGUGGUCCCCAGAGAAGAGCUGAUGGACUCCCGCUCCUGUGCUGGGCGUCGCUGCUCUGGCCAAGCCAGCCAGCCUGCCAAGCGGAGAGCGGCAACUCGCAUGCGCAGACCGUCACUGUGGGAGCCGCGCGGCUCGCUGCGCACACGCCGCAUCUCCGCUGACCGCUGCGGCCACGGGCUGUGCGGGGCCGGGUGCUGGGGGAGCAGAGGCGGCCUGGCCCGGGAGCACCGCCCGGACUCCGUUCCGGCAGUCCGGGGCCGCUGGGCAAGACCGCGGGCUCAGGGAAGAAUGGAGGCAGAGACUGGAAACAAAGCUGAAAUUGCAGAACAAUCCAGAGGAGACUGAAAAGCGAGCAAAUGUUGGCCGACAGCUUCUUGCUUCAUUGACACAAGAGGAUCCCAAGCACUGAGGUCCUCUGCUAGGAGAAGUCAAUACACGUCCCUGAGUCCCUUGGCUAUAGCAACAGAUCUCACACUGUGGUUUCCCCACCUGUGGGGGUUUACCUGUCAUCCCUUCCCAGCACUAAAUGGAAAUUACUAGCCAACUCAGUCCUCUCCACAUAGGCCCAGGAUAUUAUCCCAAAUGUCUCUAAAGAUAGUUUAUUUAAUGUCGAAGCUCCAUGCAGUAUACGUUAUUUCCAGAUUUUAAAUUCUAAGCACACUACAGGGAUGAUCUUCAUGCAUAGUAGUUUUGCUCCUAUUUCUAGGAAACUGUUGCAUGUCAUCCUUCUCCUUGUUUUCUUUUUAUGACAAGAGAAAUGCACCUACCUGCAGAAAUAAAAAUAUCAUGAAUAGUCAUUAAAUAAGCUUAGCAAAUAAAUUAACCUAAUAUAAUUUUUUCUUCA